AUGAUGAGUGGUUUUGGUUUGGGAGACUCAAAUGGCUCGACAAAACCUGUACGAAUCGUUGUGGUUGGUGAGAAAGAAACUAGGAAAACAAGUUUGAUCAUGGCUGCAGUAACUGAUCAUUACUAUCCUGAACCUAACAUCCCUCCUCUGUUACCUUAUACAAAACUACCUUCUGAAUAUUGCUCUGAAGAUGUUCCGGUUACCCUUAUCGACACUUCUUCAAGACCAGAAGACAAGAGAGAUGUAAUUAGGGAAGUCAAGGAAGCAGAUGCAAUAGUUUUGACGUUUGCAAUAGAUAGACAAGAGACUUUGGACCGUUUAAGUGAAUAUUGGCUUCCUCUGUUCCGACAACUAGAGGUGAGAGUCCCUAUCGUAGUAGCAUGUUAUAGUGUUAUCAAAAACGAACAUAAUCCGGUCAACAUUGAAGAAAUAACAUUACCUAUAAGGCAACAAUGUCAAGAGAUAGAGAUAUGCAUUGAGUGGUCUGCUCCGUGGCUAUCUGAUAUCAGUUGGCUUGCUCAAGCGGUUUUUGUGCAAGCGCAAAUAUCGGCUAUGUACCCAAUAGGACCACUGUAUGAUCAAGUAACCAAUUCACUGAAGCCUCGCUGUGUUGCUGCCUUAAAACGUAUAUUUGAACUCUAUGCGCGUAACAAUGAUUACAUUCUCAGUGAUGACGGGUUAAGCGAUAUGAAUGUUCGUAGCUUCGGUAUACCAUUGAUGCCUUCUCGUAGUAGAGAAUUAAUAAAAUCUGUUCAAGAACUGUGUCCACUAGGAGUCAAAGGAAACGGACUCACAAUAGAUGGCUUCUUGGUUCUAAUCACAAAUCUUAUCAAAGAUAGAAAACUCAGAACGUUAUGGACUAUUCUUAGGACAUUAGGAUAUAACAAUGAUUUAAGACUUGUACAUGAGAUGAUUCCUUAUUCAUCAUUCAAACGCAUGCCUGAUCAGAGUGUUGAGCUGACAGAUGAAGCUAUUGGAUCCUUAAAGAGAGCCUAUCACCGUUUCGAUAACUUGGGACCUCAAAUGAUGGAAUCUCUCUUUGAAACUGCACCUGAAAGUCCUUGGAAUGGAGCUCCUUAUAUGGAUGCUACAGAGAAAACUAGCAAUGGAGGAUUAUCACUUGAAGCUUUCCUCUCACUGUGGUCAUUGAUGACACUACUAGAUCCAGCUAGGAGUCUUGAAUAUUUCAUUUGCAUUUGUCACCCUGAUGAUCCAUCUUCAGCAGUUCAUGUUACUAGGAGGAGAGAGCUAGACCGCAAGGAGCAAAUCUCUGUAAGAAAAGUUGUUCAGUGUUUUGUCUUUGGACCUAAGAAUGCUGGAAAGUCUGCACUGCUCAAUGGAUUUAUUGGAAGGCCAUAUGAUGAUGACAAUAGAGAUGGAUUAGGUGAGGAGCGUUAUGCUGUUAAUAUGGUUGGGAACUCUGGUGUAACUGGAGGUACAAAGAAAACCCUGGUGAUGAAGGAGAUUCAAUAUCAAGAAGAUGGAUUCCUAUUAUCAGAUGAAGCAUUGGCUUCUUGUGAUGUAGCAGUCUUUGUUUAUGAUUCUUCUGAUGAGUCUUCUUGGAAGAGAGCCAUUGAUAUGGUUUCUGAGGUUGCAACAAUUAGUGAAGACGCAGGGUUUGUGUUUCCUUGUCUAAUGGUUGCAGCUAAAAUGGAUCUUGGUUCAUUCCCAAUGGCAAUUCAAGAAUCCACUAGGGCUACACAAGAUAUAGGGAUUGAAGCUCCAAUACCAAUCAGUUCCAAACUUGGAAAUUUCGAUAACUUGUUUCACAAGAUACUAACAGCGGCUGAGCAUCCUCAUUUGUGUAUUCCAAAGAUAGAGUCAAAGAGGAAAGGGUCCUCAAGCUAAUCAAUUCUUGGAUUCCAGAAUGUUGGGUCAAAUGCUUCUGUAUUUCAUCAUAAUAUGAUGUAUGGAUUCAUAGUUGGACAGCUGCUAAAGAAAGAUUCAAAACUGUAUUGGAGAGAUUGUGUGUUUA